AAGUUCUAUGGUUGCUAACAACAAAAAAGCUUGGUUGUCAAGGCGUUAGCCCCGCCAGUUUCACUUGCCGGAGGGUGUGGAUUAAUUUCCUACCGAGAGGUAUAGGUGUUACAGUCGUUAUCAAUUUGUUUAAAAGUUCAAAACCUGGUUGCAAGUUGACCGCACAUUGUUGGGACAAAUAAAUAAUUAAAACGUAACACAAAACAAAAAAUUGUGGGAGCAUUGGGGCUUAUGAUAUGAACAAACUUUAUAAAAAUUUACAAUUUCCAAAAUAUAAAUAAAAACUAAUCUUCACUGGAAUUUGAAUAUUCACAUUAAAUAUCACUUAGGUAUAUUUCACAAAAGACUAAGGAUAAAAUUAAAUAAUAGUAUUAGAAAUAAUCACCCUGUUCUGCAAACAAAUCAGACCCUUUACGCAUAACAAUUGAAGUCCCUUUUUUAUGUAAAUCCAUAAUUUCUUUUGUUAAUUUGUCAACUUCGCUUUUUAAUUGGCAACACUUCCUCACUUCAAAAGCCAAUUCUUUGAUUUUGUUAAAAUCCCUCUUUGAAUUGAGAAAUUUUUCUCCAAGGAUAUUCAAAUCAUUUAAAGCUUGAAUGAGUCUGUUAUAAUCCUCUUGGCUAGUCAGAGGUUUAAUGUUCUGAGUACUAACACAACUAAACUUUUCUUGUAAAGCCUCAUGCAUUUCCUUUAGAUGCUUCUCAAUAUCUGAUAUGUUGCAAACUAAAUUCAGUUCAUCCAUGCUAAGCUGCAGUGCAUUCAUUUGUUCAAUAGCUUCACUUUGAUUUUUCAGAUUUUCAAUGCUGGUAACAAUUUCAUCAUAGGUAGAUUUUAGUUUUUGCAAUGUCUCUGAAAAAAUUAUUAUUUGAUCCCUCAAGAUGGUCUCUUGUCCUUUAAUUGUGUUUUUUACAAUUUCUUGCUUCAUUAAAGCUUGAAGGUAUUCGCUGUAAGCUAAAUCAUACUCUAGUUCCAAAUCAUUGACUGCUGCAUUCAGUUUGGCCUUGGACCGUGCAUUUUCAGAUCCAAACAUAGUUAUAUCCAGAUUUCUCCGAACAGUUUGAUUCAGAUUAGAAGUGCUUGCAGACAUUGAUCGCGUUCCUAUCAACGUUGCAUUCAGAUCUUGUUUUCGAGAACUUCUAGGUUUUAAAAAUUUUGAUCCAGAGCCCAAGGGUAACAGAAAAUUCGACCGUUUUGGAUCCAUUCUUAUUCAAAUCACAUUAAGGUUAGAGUGCAAAUAAUUUCUUGUGUGCAUCGUCCAUCAUGGAUCACAGAAAUGUACGUUAUUGCACACACAUGGUUAUUUUUUUCAUGAACCAUAUUUGUUAAAUGUAAAUCAAGCUGCUGUUAGAUUUAGUGAGUAGUAAAUUCAGUGUGGUUAGAGACGCAAUCUCAAAAUCUCACACGCAAAAUGUAAUAUAAGGAAAACCGCAACGAAAAGCGUUUUUACAAAACAUUUGAAAAUCUUCUAUGUUGAAAAGUAUUUGCUGGUUUUUAACUAUCGAUGUAAAAUUAAAAAUUAAAGUCAGAAUAUUUUCCAUUCAACUGAAUAAAUAUGAAUAAGCUUACAGGACGUUUUUAAGUAUUCGUUUUUUCGGUGGGAUAGUUCCCCCUUCCGACCAAUUUUGUACAGUUUAUCUCUGGUAACAAGUUAAGCCAAAUAUUUUUUUUGAGGUUAAUUCAAUCAAUUGUAAAUAAAUAUAGAAUUGCCUAUAAAAACUGGAGCCCUCAAAAGACUCAACAUGAAAGUGCAUUUAUUCGUACUUUUCUUGAGUGUCUUAAUAAAAGAUGUUUUAGGCCUAUCCCUUUGGUGUUAUCAGUGUGUAUCCACACAGCCAGGAUGUGGAACGCCAUUCAAUUGGCUUUGGCACUGGACUAAAGUGUGUCCAGAAGAUAAUGAUGUUUGUGUAAAAAUUAUAGAACAAAAGGAAGGUACCACAGUGAUAACUCGUGAUUGCUUGAGUAGUAUGCUUGCCAUACGAACUGAUAUUCCAGCGGAUCAUUACGAAGGUUGCAGACCUGCCGCGGUCGAUACUAAACUGGCCAAUUAUGUGAAUAAUUCCAUCAAAGAGUUAGACAUUUACAGGAAUUACUAUGAUAAUACAACUUGGUGUUUCUGCUUCUUGGAUGAAAGGUGUAACGAUGGCUUUUCAUCUCGUCCUUCAACAAAUAUAGUUUUGUUUGGAUUAAUAUUUAUAGUUGACAAAGGUGAUCUUAUCAAUUAAAGACAACGCGCAAAAGUACCAAAUAGAGAAACCGGAACGUCCGGGGAUGGUGGGGACAUUGCUUUACUGCUGACAGACUCCUGCAUGUUGAAUUCCACG